AUGGAGGAAGAAGGCAUCACGUUGUAUGGAGUGGCAGAGACACAUCUUCGGGAUCUAGAGAGGCCACCAGUCAAUCCACUUUGGAACUGGGCGGGCUGCAAUCGAGAAAGUACAGCCCGGGGGGGUGGAGGUGUGGGGUUUCUGUGGCGAGAGGGCAGCACCUGGACACCGAUUGGCAACUCCUGUGCGGAACACACCUGGAUGGUUGGCCACGUGCACGCAACGCCAGUAUUAACGUGUGUAGUCUACCUAGGUGUUGCUCCAAACCAACACUCUGAGAACACCAACAUCGUACACUGCAUCAGACAAGACAUUGAGCGCUGGGGGCACGGUCAUGAAGUGCUGAUCCUAGGCGACUUUAAUGGCCACAUCCAGGAGCUCGACGGUUACACUGACCACAAUGGGAGGCUUUUGUUAGAGAUGACUGAGGAGCUUUCCCUUGAAAUUGCAAACCUCAGAGCAGACUGCGAAGGCACAUAUACGUGGUGCGCACGGGGCCUGAGCUCAUGCAUCGAUUAUGCCCUUGUGUCACCAGGUCUUGGCAAGAGCCUCCGGAAUGUGCAUAUUGAUGAGGAAGGCCAGCACAGUUUGGGUAGUGACCAUAAUCGCCUCAGGCUGCAGUUUGAAGCAUCUCCUUGGCGCCAAAAUGUGAAGAAACACGAGCCUGCUACGCGGUUUCUCCCCGACGCGGCCUACGAGGAAGUGGCCAACGAAUUUGAACUAUGCCCCGGCCGCGAACAAGCAGAUACCUAUGAACAGUACAUUGCCCAGCUCCGCCAGAUCAUGCGGAAACACGAGAAGAUUGUCAAGGCGCGUCGAGGGUUUAGCAGAAAGAGUUGGUGGGAUGGGGAGGUCCAAGCAGCAAUAAAAGCCCGCCGAACCGCCAACCGAUGUCACCGCCAGUGUGUAAAGAGGCCCCACAGCGCGGAUGUCCAGGCGACAUGGCAGGAAUAUCUGCGGCGAAAACGGGAGAUGCAGGCUAUCACACAACGGAAGAUAGCAGAAGCCAACCACAAGACGCUCCACGCAAUCAAGUCUGCAGGCAGAGGAGCAGCGGCCAAAUUCUGGACAUAUAUCUCUCGGCUCGAUGGCAAAGCAACACAACCGGAAAUUCGCGCAGAAUCAACGGGGGACAAGACCACAGAUCUACACCGAGCCCUAACCGACCACCUUCACCAACUGUACGCGCAGCCACACCCCAGUACACAUACUGAACUCCCCUGCCCAGAUGUCUCAGAACCGACUGGCACAGGCCACCAGAAGUGGACAGUGGCAAGGAGCGCCAUUGACAGGGCUAUCUCCAAGAUAGGUGCCCGCACUGCUCGUGGCUUCGACGGCAUUCCUGCAGGGCUGGUGAAACGCCUCGGUGCUGGCGCACGGGCCCAGCUGACCGAUUUCUUCAGUGAAAUCCUGGCUGGUGGCCCUAUACCAAGUGACUGGCUACGUGGCAAAGUAAUCCUGCUCCCGAAAAGGGGGGGAGACCCCGGCCUCCUACGAGACUACAGGCCACUCACAAUCACAAGUGUAGUGUACCGCGUGUUCGCACAAGUUCUCAAGGUCUGGAUGACUACGUGGGCCGAAGAGGGUGGUCAUCUCACGGAGUUAAAGAACGGUUUUCGGCGUGACCGACGGUUGGAGGACAACCUUUUUGUCCUGGCCCAAUGUAUAGAGGUUGCACGAAAGGAGGAACGGGGGCUGGUUGGCUGCUUCCUAGAUGUGUCUAAGGCUUAUGACAGUGUACCACACGAGCUAUUACUACAGCACCUGGAGGCACUUGGGAUGCCGCCCACAUGGACUGGUUUGCUCGGACGCCUGUAUAAGGAUAGCUCUGUUGUGGCCACCCUAAACGGAGCCUACUCGAGUGAGGUGAGGGUGGGAAAGGGAUUAAAACAAGGCUGCCCUCUUUCACCAUUACUCUAUAUGCUAUAUACCGCCGGUGUAGAGCGCAAAAUACUAGCCUCUGGGGUGGGCUUUGUAGUGGAGCGCAUAAGCGAUGGGCUCAAAGAACAGCAAACCUUGCCGGGACUGGUAUUCGCUGACGACAUUGUGCUGCUGGCGGGAAACAGUGGCGACCUGCAGACCCUCGUUACCAGCUGUGCCGAGGCCAUGGCGCCACUGGGACUGCAGUUCAACGCAAAGAAAUCGGCGGUGGUCAACUUCUCUGGCCCGGUGCUUCCUGGUUUGCUGACACUGCCAGGUGGAGGACUGCUGCCCGAAGCACCUGAGUACCGUUACCUCGGAGUGAACUUCUGGGCACAGGUAGACUAUACGGCAAACCAUGAGAGGCACCUGAGACAAACAUCCCAGAGGGCCAGCCAAGUACUCCGUAGGAGGUGCCUGUGGGGUUUCAACCGCCCCAUUAUGGUGCGCAAACUAUGGAAGGCGGUACACGUGCCGGCGCUGACUUUUGCCAAUGCAGUGAUUUGCCCCGCUGCGCCGACCCGGGAGUGGCUUGAACGCAGUCAGCGCGCCGUGGGACGACUGGCUCUGGGCUGCCACGGCAACGUUGCCAACGAGGCAGUCCAGGGUGACCUGGGUUGGUCCUGUUUCGAAGCGCGGGAAGCUCGGAGCAAGCUGUCCUACGAAGGCAGGUUGCGCCUGAUGCAGCCACAUCGCUGGGCACAGCGAAUCUUUAAUUAUGUUCACCGCAAUGACAUCCGCACCAGAUGGUCGAAAAGACUGCAGCACCUCAGCAGGAAACACGGCUUCUACGCGAGCCCUGUGCAGGAGGAGACCGAGUGUAAGUGGUCCAAAGCAGUUAAGGCCCAGGUGCGACAGACGGAGGCUGACACUUGGCGGCGAGACAUGGAGAAGAAGAGUACGCUAAGGAUCUACAGAGAAUACAAACAGGAGAUCCACGUCGAACCUCUCUUCGACAAUAGUGUAGCCAGCAGCCUCCUCUUCGAGGCACGAGCCGGCGCUCAGAACUCUGGCAUACCGCCGGCGCUUUGA